AUGACCCAGCAAAUGCACAACCUAAGCCUCCUGCAGAGCAAAAAGCACAGCAUGCCGUCGUCCCCCAGCGCGGCCAAGCGCCUGUACCGCAACCUGUCGGAGAAGCUCAAGGGCAGCCACACGUCCUUUGAUGAAGCCUAUUUCCGAGCCCGCUCCGACCGCCUCAGCCUCAGAAAGGCCUCCCUGAAUUUCCAGUGCAAUGAAGCCAUGUUUGAGGCCGUGGAGCAGCAGGACCUGGAUGCUGUUCAGAUUCUUCUUUAUCAAUACACACUGGAGGAACUGGACCUGAACACACCAAACAGCGAGGGACUCACUCCUCUGGAUAUUGCCAUUUUGACAAACAAUGUCCCCAUUGCCAGGACCCUUCUACACGUUGGGGCAAAGGAAAGCCCACACUUUGUGAGCGUGGAGAGCAGGUCUGUGCACCUGAGCACGCUGGUGCAGGAGGCCCAGCAGAGAGUGCUGGAAUUGUCUGCACAAGCAGCGAGCGACGGGCUGGGCACGGAGAGCGCCGAGAGGGAGAAGCAGCUCAAGGGCUGGGAGUGGAGGGCCAGGCUCUACCAGCGCAUGAAGGCCGGCUACGAGCACGCCCGAGCCCCCGAGGCGCCAACCAAUGUCUGUCUCAUGGUAACGAGCAGUACAUCACUCACUGUCACCUUCCAAGAACCCCUCAGUGUCAACUCAGCCGUGGUGACCAAGUAUAAAGUGGAAUGGAGCUCUUCAGAAGACUUUUCUCCUUUGGCUGGUGAAAUAAUUAUGGAUAAUCUUCACUCUUUGAGGUGCUCCAUCACAGGUCUCAGGACGGGCCAGAGAUAUUAUGUCCGUGUCUCAGCAUACAACAUGAGAGGAUGGGGACCUCCACGCAAAUCCACUCCUGAAUAUGCUGCUCCUUCAAACUGGAAAGACUGCAGUGGAAGAGAGCCUCGGCACAGGGGACACACGGAGGCCCUGGAACGCCUCCUUCAGCAGGUUCGAGCAGCUCAUCAGCACCACAAUUGCAGAGAAAGUUCUAAAUUACAAAAUGCUGGUCGCAAGCAAUCGGUUUCCAGAAGCCUGAAGCACCUUUUCCAUUCAUCAAACAAGUUUGUGAAGACUCUGAAACGGGGACUCUACUUAUCUGUUAUACUUUUUUACAAAGACAAUUUGUUAGUAACCAAUGAAGAUCAAAUCCCAAUUGUGGAAAUCGAUGACUCUCACAGUAGUUCAGUUAUGCAGGAUUUCCUGUGGUUCACAAAGUUGUCCUGCAUGUGGGAUGACAUCAGGUGGCUGAGGCAGAACAUGGCUGUGUCCGUGUCCUCAUCCACAGCACUGCAGGGCAGGCAGAAGAUGCUUUCAGCAGCAGCACAGCUACAGAAUUUGCUGGGAACUCACAAUCUAGGCAGAGUUUUUUAUGAGCCAAUCAAGGAUCGUCAUGGCAAUUUGCUGAUAGUUACUGUAAGAGAAGUGGAGAGUCUGUACUCAUUUUUUAAUGGCAAAUGGAUGCAGGUAUCCAAACUACAAAGCCAGAGGAAAUCCCUCUCAACUCCAGAGGAGCCAACAGCAUUAGACAUCUUGCUUAUAACAAUCCAGGACAUACUUUCCUAUCACAAACGGAGUCAGCAGCGCCUCCCUCCUGGCUUGUAUCUGGGUUACCUUAAGCUCUGCAGUUCCGUGGAUCAGAUCAAAGUGCUCGUGUUGCAGAAGCUGCCCAAUGUCCUGUGUCACGUCAAAAUCCGAGACAACAGCAACGUCUCCAAAGAUGAGUGGGAAUGGAUCCAAACACUUUCUGGCUCAGAAUCCGUGGAAAGUAUGGAUCAUACUUCAGACUGCCCUACUCAAUUGUUCUUGUAUGAGCUCCAGACGGCAGUGAAAGCUCUCCUCAAACAGAUCAAUCUACCUCUGCAUCAGGCUAAGCACUUCCGUCUGUACACACAGGAGGUGUUGGAGCUGGGUCACAAUGUCUCCUUUCUUCUCCUGCUCCCCGCCUCAGACGACGUCUGCACUGCCCCAGGACAGAAUAAUCCUUACACCCCACACUCAGGAUUUCUUAACCUCCCUCUUCAGAUGUUUGAACUCGUUCAUUUUUGCUGUUACAAGGAAAAAUUUAUAAACCUGUAUUGCCGCCUUUCUGCUGUCAUAGAGCUGGACUCCCUGAAAACCCAGCAGUCCCUGAGGGAAGCAAUUUCAGACAGUGAAGUCGCUGCAGCCAAACAAAGACACCAGCAAGUUAUAGACUACAUACAGCAAAUUGAUGAGAUCUGGAGGGACAUGAGAUGGAUCACAGAAGCACUGCAGUAUGCAAGGUACAAGCAGCCAGCAGCAGGCCUGCCCAUAAAGAAGUUUGUGGAUCUUUCAGAAGAACACUCUCAAAAGAAAAUGAGCGCCACCUCUUCACAUCUAGAUUGUCUUCCUUCACCUCCCCCUUCCCCCGAGCCCAGAAUCCAGAGGAGAAAAGCUGUGAGUGACUCCCAGCCCUGCUCAGAUGAAGAAGGCUGCUCCGAGGUGUUCCUCCCGACCGACAGCGACUACGACUCCAGCGACGCGUUGAGCCCGAGGGAGUUGGACCUGAUUUACUCCUCGUGCCAGGACAUCUCCCAGCAGGCUGGCACUGGCCUGGGUGGCAGCGCACCCAACGUGCUCCAAGCCCUCGACAUGAAGCCCUGCCUGCCAGAGAGCGGUGCCUCGGACACGGGUGCUGAGUGCUGCACGGAGCAGAUGAGCAGCCUGACCGUGUCAGGGCUUACACCGAAAAGCACGGACAAGUUCUCCAGCUCCAAGCAGCCACUGGGCUUUUUAGGGAAAAAAAAGCUGGGGAAACACCAACAUUACAACUACUUCAGCCGGCAGCACCGCUGGCUGCGCGUGCACAGCGAGACUCAGGCGGGCUCUCUGUCGGAAGGCGUCUACACCCAGCAUCUCAUGAGAUCUCCAGAUUUGUCUCAAGAACCUACCUCCAGCGAGCAGCUGAGGAGUCCCAGUGAUGGGUCUCGCAGCACUUUUGUGCCUCAUGCAUCCAGCCUUCCAGAGAAUGGGAAAGGCCAGUGUGAGGAACCAAGGCAGGCUGUCCACAGGAUACACGUGGAGCCUUAUGAAACAACAUUUCUGGAUGAAGAGGGCAAGUCCUGGGCCAUGAGCACGGAGUCUGUAGAACACAGGGGUGUGCACAGUGCUAUGCAACAGCUCACGGGCCCAGAGGAGCAGUCAGGUUCUGCUGUCCCAGAAGUUUUCAGCAGCACCCUUUAA